AUGGUCACGACCCAAGCCGCUCCGCCGUCACACAUCACCCUGCCGUCGGGGGACCAGAUGCCCUCCAUGGGUCUCGGAUGCUGGCAGUCCCCGCCCGAGCAGCUCUCGCGCGCCGUCACUCACGCUCUCGUCUCGGGGUACCGACACAUCGAUGGGGCCACAAUCUACGGUAACGAGGAAGCGCUAGGCGAGGGCGUGGCGAAAUCGGCCGUCCCUCGUUCCGAGAUCUGGAUCACGACCAAGCUGUGGAACACCGAUCACCGGCCCGAGGACGUGCGUCCCGCGCUUGAGAAAUCCCUCGCUGCCCUCGGGACGGACUACGUCGACUUGUGGCUCAUGCACUAUCCCUGCGCCAUGGAGCCCGGGGACGACAUCAAGGUCAUCGACGUCGACUACGUCGACACCUGGAAGGCGAUGGAGGAGUGUGUACGCGCCGGCCUCGCGCGGAAUAUCGGAGUUUCUAACUUCUCCAAGAGCGAGCUAGAACGUCUCCUAGCCUCAGCAACCAUCAAGCCAGCACUUCACCAGCUCGAGAGACACCCGUACCUCCCCCAGAACGCCUUCAUGGCCUUCCACAAGAAGAUCGGGAUGCAUGUUACGGCCUACUCGCCACUAGGGAACACGAACCCCUCUUACGGGGAGCAGAAUACUCUUCCGCCCAUCCAGGAGAAUGAGACUGUCAAGCGUCUCGCCAACAAGUAUGGUAUCGCGCCCGCCAACGUCCUCAUCAGUCUCCAGCUCUCAGAGUGGCACUCAGUCCUUCCCAAGUCUGUCACGCCUGAACGGAUCGAGCAGAAUCUCAAUGUCGUCCAGCUCACACUGGAAGACAUUCAAGCCAUCUACGACAGUACAAAGGGCUUGCGGCACAGGUACUGCGACUGGUCCGAGGUCAUUGGGUACAAAUACUAUGCGGACCUGGAUGAUUCUGAUUAG